AAGACAAACACAUCAACCACAAUAUGGCAUUAUCAAUCUCAUUCAAUAACCUUGCAAGCUAUUUGAUCAGUUUCAAAAUCCUAGUAUUGUUUUCUGCUUCAGGGGUAAUAUCAUAUCCCAUUGAAGAUGUUUUCUACAGAUGUCUGUCUUUCAAUUCUGGAAAUUCAAUUCCAUUCUCUACCAGCUUAUACACUCGAAACAUCACUUCUUUCGAUUCUGUUCUUGCAUCGACAGCCCAAAAUCUUAGGCUUUUAGGACCUACCAUUCCCAAGCCUUUGCUGAUUUUCACACCUUCCCAAGAAUCCCACAUACAAGCUGCUGUCAUUUGCUCUAAACAGCUUGGAAUUCAGCUCAGAGUCCGAAGUGGAGGCCAUGAUUACGAAGGUGUGUCAUACGUUUCAAAAAUGGGAUCACCAUUUUUAAUUCUUGACCUCUCCAAACUACGAGCAGUUCGUGUUAAUAUACAAGAUAACACUGCAUGGGCUCAAGCAGGCGCCACAGUUGGUGAAGUCUAUUACAGAGUUGCAGAGAAGAGCAAAUUUCAUGGGCUUGCAGCUGGUCUUUGCACAAGUUUAGGCAUUGGAGGCCAUAUUACAGGAGGUGCAUAUGGCACUCUGAUGAGAAAAUACGGACUUGGAGUCGAUAAUGUAGUGGAUGCGCAGAUAAUAGAUGCAAAUGGAAAACUUAUGGAUCGACGAGCAAUGGGAGAAGAUCUUUUUUGGGCCAUUAGAGGAGGUGGAGGUGGAAGUUUCGGAGUCAUAGUAUCCUGGAAAAUAAAGCUUGUCCCAGUGCCAUCAAUUGUAACAGUGUUUUAUGUUCCAAGAACCUUGGAUCAAGGUGCAACAAAACUUCUCUAUAAAUGGCAACAGAUUGCUGAUAAGCUUGAUGAAAGGCUCUUCCUUAGAGUCAUUAUACAACCGACUGACUCAGCUAAAAAAGGGCAAAGGACAAUAACAACAGGCUAUAGUGCACAUUUUCUUGGCACAGCUGAUGAAUUACUUGAAGUUUUGACGAAAAGUUUCCCUGAACUAGGGGUGAAAAAAAGCGACUGCAGCGAAAUGAGCUGGCUUCAAUCAGUGCUUUACAUUGCUCAAUAUCCGGCAAACACACCACCUGAAGUACUACUUAAAGGCAAGGCGCUUUUCAAGAAUUAUUUCAAAGCCAAGUCUGAUUUCAUGACCCAGCCUAUACCAGAGACCGGCAUUGAAGGACUGUGGACCAGGCUAUUGGAAGAAGACUCUCCUUUGAUGAUAUUGAAUCCAUAUGGAGGAAUGAUGAGUCGAAUCUCAGAAUCCGAAACACCUUUUCCUCACAGGAAAGGAACGUUAUAUAAAAUCCAGUACCUCACACUCUGGAGUGAAGCCAAUAAAGAAACAGAACCGAAGCACGUUGACUGGAUUCGAAGGCUUUACAACUACAUGGCAGCUUAUGCUCCCAUGUUUCCAAGAGGUGCAUAUGUGAAUUACAGAGAUCUUGAUUUAGGAAUGAAUAAGGAUAAAAACACAAGCUUUGUACAAGCAAGUGCAUGGGGUUACAGGUAUUACAAGAACAAUUUCAACAGGUUGGUUCAGAUAAAGACCAAGGUUGAUCCAGAUAACUUUUUCAACUUUGAACAAAGCAUCCCUACACUUCCAAGACCAAGCUACGGAUGGGGAAAUUAAUCUCAGCUCGCAUGGAUCAAUGCAUAGUAAACAACUUAUAUUCUUCAAUAAAAAUGAAUUUGAAUUGCUCUAGGACAUGAUAAUGUUAUCUGUUUCGAUUGUGCUUAAUAUUUCUGUAAACAGUUUCUGGAAACUUAAUUAUAUAUGAACAUAUAAGUCUUGUAAAACGAA